AUGGUCGAGUUCAAUCUACUCCAGUGGACUAUCAUCCUCAUUUUGAUCGCUGUUGUCCUGUCCCUCAUCGUCCUUGUCCAGACCAUCUCCUCUUACACAGCCGCGUACCAAGCGGCGCCGCUCGAGAUCGCAACCUUUGUUGAUACUGCCGACUUCUCUGUCCAGGAGAACGAGAGCUAUGAUCGCGAUGUUGCAAAGGUGCAACGCCUCGAUGAUAAGAUCCGCUUGACACGGCUCCUGAGGGAGAUUCAAAAGACGGGUGACGAUUUGCGCGAAGACAUCAAUGGCGUUGUGCUUGAGGAAGAUACCACCAAGUUGAAGACUGCCGCCAGGCUAUUAUGGGCGUCGAAGCGAGCGAGGUUGGAGGAUCGGGUCCGUAGGCUUGACAUGCUACGCAUGCGCUUCCUUGUUGUCUACAUGGGCGUUGUCGCAUCACACACGAAUACCACAAACACCAAUAUCUAUGAGAAACCUUCUCAAAGGCCACCACCGCCGCCGCCCUUACCCACAUCACCAGAUCUAGAAAAGUCGCCUGUUUUUAAGACCCCCACACGUCCUGCCCAUCCCAAAGGCUUGAUGGAGGGUAUCACCAACCGUCCUCCUUUGCGCAGUUUGACCACCCAAGCUCUCAUUAACCAUUCCGAGCCUCUUCCCAAACCUAAUCGCAAGGGCUGGGCGGGAGUCGUCCAUGAGCUACAGACGUCGCCGAAGAUGCAUCAGCGUCAUGCCUCGAUUGAGCGUGCGAUGUCAAAAUCUUACUCCAGAUCACCAUGA